AUGGAACCAGGGUCAGCAAAACGACGAAAGAUUGGUCACUCGCGCGGCAGUGAAAGCGCAGUUGGCAACAUCGACGCCGCUGCUUCCUCGGGUCUCUCCCGUGGCCGCGCAUUCAUCCUCGAAGCCGAAGAACUCGUCGACGAAGUGAAGCUCGACUAUGCCACGGCCCUCGAAGGCGUCGACUCCCUCCUCCACAAGAUCAAGGGCUCCAUCGAAGCCAUCGAAGCCCACGAUGCUCUCCAGAUUUCCGAGGCUGCCACCAAGCUCGAAAAGAAACACAAGAUCCAGAUCCCGUUCCCCGAACCGCGCCCGUCCGACAAGUCCAACUACAAGGUCGCCUUCGCAAAGCCUUCCCAGUUCAACGUUGUCGGCAGCUAUGUGUCCAAAACCAUGAUCAAGGCCCAAAAGAGCCAUGCUGUGGAUAUGGUGGUUGUGAUCCCCGGCGAGACUCUGCAAGAGAAGGACUACCUCGACCUGCGAUACUUUUACAAGAGAGCCUACUUCCUCGGUGUUGUGGCUGCUGCCCUACAAAAGGACUUGGCUGAGGACGGAGAGCUUUCAUAUGAAUAUUUGAACGGGAACACCCUCUCUCCCAUUCUGUCGUUGAAACUAAAGGUGGAAGGAGAGAAGAAGGAGGGCCGACUGGACUACAGAGUGCGCAUCAUCCCUUGCGCCCCAGACAACUUCUUCCCCAAAUCAAAGCUUCACUUGGGCGCUACCCUUGUGCGCAAAGCUGGCGGUGACGAGUCCAAGGCCGCGACCAAGCCUACGCCGUUCUACAACUCGACUGUGGUUUCCGAGUCCUGCUUCUUCCCCUACCUGAAGCUCUUGCGACAAACGGAAAAGAAAUGCGCCGCGUUCAAGAAGGCUUGCAUCCUUGGUCGGGUGUGGUUGCAACAACGAGGACUGGGAAGUGACAUGGCGGAUGGUGGUUUUGGUCACUUUGAAUGGGCGGUACUUUUGGCGCUUCUGCUCCAAAGCGGCGACAGCACCAAAGGACAUGCGCCCUUGUCUACAUCCUUGAGCGCCACCCAGCUGUUCAAGGCCAUGGUCCAGUUCCUGUCUGUUACUAACCUGUCCGAGAAGUCGUGUGUGUUGGGUACUGCCGCCGUCGAGUCCGAAACCGCUGGUCCGGUUCUCUUCGACGCUGUUCGUGGUUUGAAUAUUGCCUUCAAGAUGAGCAACUGGUCCGCGGCCAAGCUACACCAACAUGCCAAGUGGACGAGGAGCCUUCUCAACGACAGCACUGCCGACCAGUUUACCCCUACUUUCAUCCUCAAGGCCGACCUCCCCUGGCAAAACUACGACCUUAUUGCCCACCUCAACUACGAUGGAAAGCAGGACAAGACAGAACCGAUCGACUGCCGGGGACGGCUAUGGGAAUACAGCGACAAGGUGCACCGGGUACUCAAGCGGGCUCUUCAGGACGAAGAACUGGGUGAAAGGGCUCGGUCGAUUCACAUUCAACUACCCAAGAGCUCACCCUGGGAUCUCACCAAGAAGCCUUCCACUAAGCAGAACCACACAAUCGAAAUUGGUGUCCUCUUCAAUGCCGCCAACAUGACCCGCUCUGUCGACCGUGGUCCGGCCGCUGGACCUAGCAACGAGGAGAAGGAGGAAUGCGCCAGGUUCCAGCGGUUUUGGGGUGAGAAGUCGGAACUUCGUCGGUUCGAGGGUGACUCCAUCAGGGAGACCUUGAUUUGGUCGUCCACCUCUCCCUUCGACCUGUGCGAGGAAAUCAUGCGCUACAUCCUUAAGCUGCAUCUUCGCGUUGCCUACCUCGAAGACGAGCUCACCUUCCACGGCGACGGCUUCACCGAGCUGAUCCCUAUCAAGCCGACCGACACCUCCGUCUUCAACGCCGCUCGCAAGGCCUUUUCCUCCUUCGAGAAGGAUAUCCGCGACUUGGACGACAUGCCGCUGCACUGGCCCGAAUCCAUCGUGGCCAUCCAACGCACCAAGAUCGCCUUCCUGCGCAUGAUCGGCGACCUCUUGGAGCGUUCCAAACCCGGCGAGGUCCGCUCCUACGUCGGUCUCGAGUCCUCUACCACCACCAACACGGAACUCGAGAACCUCGCCUACCUCGACAUCGUCUACGAGUCCGGCCCUGCCUUCCGCCUGCGCAUCCACUCCGACCUCGAAGAGGCCCUCCUCACGCGCCAAUCGCACGACAAGACCAUCGACCAACACCACCGCCACCAAGCCUCCGUGCUCCUCUCCAACUUCCGCAGACUCUACUACCACCUCCCUCUGCACACCCAAUCCAUCAACACUUUCGCCACCCGCUUCCCCGCCUUCUCGCCCACCGUCCGCCUGCUCAAGCACUGGUUCUCCUCGCACAAACUCGCCUCCCACUUCACCCCCGACUUCAUCGAGCUCGUCGCCCUCCAAACUUUCUUGAGCCCUUACCCCUGGGACGCACCUUCCUCCCCCUCCGUCGGCCUUCUCCGCGCCCUCCUUUUCCUCAGCAGAUGGGACUGGCGUUCCGAGCCGCUCAUCGUCGACACCAACAGCGACAUGCCACCAUCCGAACGCUCCGCCAUCGCCACCCGUCUCGAAGCCUGGCGCAAGAUCGAUCCGCUCAUGAACCACACCGUCCUCUUCGUCGCCACGGCGCAGGAAUCUUCUGGCGUCGCUUACACCACCGUCAACGGCAUCGCACAGCCCAGCAAAGUCGUUGCAGCACGCAUGACUGCCCUUGCCAAGACCGCUUGUCGCGUCAUUCGCGAAGAGGGCGUCGAGUUGGACGCCAGACGGCUGUUCGUCCCCAGCACGAAGGAAUAUGAUGUCCUAAUGCACCUUUCGCCCAAAGCCAUCAAGGCAGUAAGCAAAGUUUACCCGAGCGAGGAGCUUACCUCGACCACUACGAAGUCCAGCAGCGGAAGCAAGUACAAGAACUUGUCUGCUACUGCGGGUGAAGAUGCCUUGCCUCUGCCUUCUGCACCUGUUGAUACCUUCUUUGAGAAACUCGAGCAGGUUUACGGAUCUGGAUCUUCUGCGCCGCUGCUGUUCUUUAGAGGAGGAGAGGAGGAGAAGGUCGUGGGCGCUAUUUGGAAUCCUACUCUGGGAAGGAGGGGGUUGAAGGUUAAUUUGGGGACUUCUUAUAAGCCGGUCAAGUCGGCGGGUAAGAGGAAGCUUGGCGGUGAUGAGAAAGAUGAUGAGGAUAAGGAGAAGGAAGAAGAAGAGCAGCUGGUGGAAGUGAAUAGGGAGGCUAUCCUGAGUGAGAUUGCGAGGAUAGGAGGGGAGUUGGUGGAGAGGAUUGAGGUGCAGAGGGAAUGAAUAGAUAAAAAUGUGUUGAGAUGUCUGUUGGUGUUGUAGAAAUACCGGGAUGGGAUAUGAUAGAAUACUGGAUGGUUGCCAUGGGGAUGGAUGUAGUGAGUAAUUGUCGAUUAGGGGAAUUUUGGGGGUUGGGAAAAGCAGCACAAUGGAUUUUUUGCGGAUUAUAUCGAUGAUAUCUCGUAUGCUAAGUAGAAGUAUUGUAUGAUGACUGAGU